AUGUCCUUGGACCGGAUCCCGGGAGACGCACAUCUCUACAUAGGGGGAAUAUUCUCCUUGCGGCGCAAAGACGCCUUGAACAAGGCCAACAUCACACAUGUCCUAUCAGUGCUGAGGUUGCCUCUCGAUGAUCAUCUCUUCGUGGAUUUCAACCACCACGUCGUCGAGGUCGACGACGUGGAAGACGAGAACAUCAUUGAGCAUUUCCCCACCAGCAAUGCCUUCAUCCAGCAAGGCCUUGACGCCGGAGGAGGUGUACUGGUUCAUUGCGCAAUGGGCAAAUCCCGCUCGACAGCCCUUCUAAUCGCGUAUUUGCUCUCGCAGAACCCCCAACUUAAUCCUCAAUCCGCCCUUGACCUCAUACGGCAAUCCCGAGACUUCGCAGAACCAAACUCCGGCUUCAUGGAACAGCUCUCUCUCUACCACAACAUGGGAUGUCCUGCCACCCAAGAAGCGCUCGACAACCACCCUCUUUACCAGCGCUGGCUGUACCAGAGGACUGUGGAAGCAAGUGUGGCCGCUGGCGUUGCACCUGAAGUCAGCGAGCUCCGUUUUGGUGAUGAGGGAAACGCAAUGCCCAUGAAUUUGGCCGCUGAAGAAGGCCCUGCCAACCUAAAAUCAAGCGGACAUCCUUCAGAGCCAACAACAUCGUAUCGCUGCAGGCGCUGCCGUACUCCGCUCGCCACAUCCGUCUAUCUUGUCCCCCAUAACCCCAAACGACCGGCUACCUCUCAACCGUGCGCCCAUCUUCAUCUCACUCCCCUCUCAUGGAUGCGGCCGGAGCUCGAGCAAGGGAAGCUGGAAGGGAGACUGGAGUGUCCGAAUCAGAAAUGCGGACAGAGUGUGGGGAGGUAUGCGUGGCAGGGGAUGAAGUGUAGCUGUGGGGAGUGGGUGGUGCCGGGGAUGACGCUGGGGAGAGGGAGGAUCGAUGAGGUUAGGGAGAGGCCUAGGGCUGGAAUAGGAGGAGGGAAGAUUUAG